AUGGCCACCGAGCCCACCGCGGCCACCCCGCCGCCCCCCGCCCUGGCGGCCCUGCUGCCCCCCGCCCGCCUCCGCUCGCUGGCCCGCGCCUGGCUGGAGGAGGACGCCCCCGGCCCCGACCCGGCCGCCCUGACCGUGGGGCUGGCCCCACGGCGCGCCCACCUCCUCUGCAAGUCCCCCGGGGUGCUGGCGGGCGCCCCGUUCGCCGACGCGGUGUGGGGCGAGGCGGGCUGCGCCGUGGGGUGGCGGGUGCCCGAGGGCGCCCCGCUGUCCCCGGGGACGGUGGUGGCCGAGGUGCGAGGGCCGGGGGCCGGGGUGCUGCUGGCCGAGCGGGCGGCGCUCAACGCCGUGGGGCGCUGCAGCGGGGUGGCCACGGCGGCUGCCCGGGCGGUGGCGGUGGCCCGCGGGCGAGGGUGGCCGGGGACGGUGGCCGGCACCCGCAAGACGACGCCGGGCUUUCGGCUGGUGGAGAAAUACGGGCUGGGCGUGGGGGGCGCCGACCCCCACCGCCACGACCUGGGGGGGCUGCUGAUGGUGAAGGACAACCACCUGCUGGCCGCACGCAAGCCCCUGGCGCAGGUGGUGGCCGAGGCCCGGCGCGCCGCCGGCUUCACCCGGCUGCUGGAGGUCGAGUGCGGCUCGGCGGCCGAGGCCCUGGCGGCGGCGGAGGCUGGCGCCGACAUCGUCCUCCUGGACAACUUCACCCCACAGGCGCUGGCGGAGGCGGCGGCGGCGGUGAAGGCGUCCCACCCGCGGGUGAGGGUGGAGGCGAGCGGCGGCAUCACGGAGGCCGCCCUGCCCCACUUCCUGGCGCCCCACGUCGACGCCGUGUCCAUGGGGUGCCUGACCCACAGCGCCCCCGCCCUCGACUUCGCCCUCCGCGUCCUGCCCGGGGACGGGGACGGGGACGGGGACGCCGGGAGGUGCUGA